UCGCGAGAAGAAGGAAUGAAAUGAACGGUUCUCUUUCUUUCUUUCUCUCAUUCUUCUUCUUUCUUUCUCUCUCAGCCCCACUAAAUGCGAACAAGAUCUCUGCUUUCUCGACCUCCGGAAUUUUGUGCCUCCAACAGAAAAAAAGCAGUAAUCUUGAAUAAAAAUAAAAAAAUAGAUAGAGAGAGGGAGAGAGGGAAUUGGGAACAAUCCAUAUCGGGUCGCAUUGAUUCCAUUCUACCCGCCUGGCCGAAGAAGUCGGCAACUAUAUAACUGAAGUUAUAAUCUCUGAAUCAAAGCAAGCUGGCUUUCUCUCACAGUUUAGUGUUGGAGGAGGAGUCGGCGACCGACGAAUCACCAGGGGGAGACGGCGAGGAAGCCUUUUCUCUAUUGCCCCGACCACCAACCACCCUUCUGAUCAUGGACAGAAACGGCGACGGCGGCGGAGGGGACUUUUCUGGGCCGACGAGGAAAGUUCAUGACGAGGAAAACUUAGCCGUUGCGAUCCCGGAGACCGCCCAUCAGAUUAGCAGCGACUCAUGGUUCCAAGUGGGAUUUGUUCUUACAACUGGGAUCAACAGUGCCUAUGUAUUAGGCUAUUCAGGGACCAUAAUGGUCCCUUUGGGAUGGGUUCCUGGUGUGGUUGGUUUGAUUCUGGCCACUGCCAUCUCAUUGUAUGCGAACUCUCUGGUGGCUAAGCUACAUGAGUUUGGAGGCAAAAGGCAUAUCAGAUACAGAGAUUUGGCUGGAUUCAUAUAUGGUAAGAGAGCUUAUUCUGUAACAUGGGGUUUGCAGUAUGUGAACCUUUUCAUGAUCAACACUGGUUAUAUCAUCUUAGCUGGCCAGGCUCUUAAGGCUGCCUAUGUUCUUUUCGAUGAAGAUGGUCCAAUGAAGCUUCCCUACUUCAUAGCCAUUGCUGGGGUUGUUUGUGGCUUGUUUGCCAUUUCAACUCCUCAUUUAUCUGCACUGAGAGUUUGGCUGGGAGUCUCAACAGUCCUUAGCCUGAUAUACAUCAUAGUUGCCUUUGUACUCUCCAUUAAAGAUGGGGUCAAUACACCAGCCAGGGACUACAGCAUCCCAGGAACCACAACGAGCAAGAUCUUCACGACAAUUGGAGCAUCUGCCAAUCUCGUCUUUGCAUUUAAUACAGGAAUGCUUCCAGAGAUACAGGCAACAAUAAAGCAGCCAGUAGUUAACAACAUGAUGAAAGCACUCUACUUCCAGUUCACGGCUGGAGUUUUACCCAUGUAUGCUGUCACUUUCAUCGGCUACUGGGCGUAUGGUUCAUCCACAUCAACCUAUUUGCUUAGCAGCGUCAAUGGUCCAGUUUGGGUGAAGGCAAUGGCCAAUAUUGCUGCAUUCUUUCAGUCGGUCAUCGCUUUACACAUAUUCGCGAGUCCUAUGUACGAGUUCUUGGACACCAAGUACGGGAUCAAGGGGAAUCGAUUCGCCAUUCGAAACUUGACGUUCAGGCUGGGAGUGAGAGGUGGAUACCUUACCCUCAACACAUUGGUGUCAGCACUUCUGCCAUUCUUAGGAGAUUUCAUGAGCCUCACAGGGGCAAUCAGCACCUUUCCCCUAACAUUCAUUCUGGCAAACCACAUGUACCUAGUGGCCAAGGGGAGCAAAUUGAGCUCCUUCCAAAAGCUCUGGCACUGGCUAAAUGUGAUCUUCUUUGGGUUCAUGUCCCUGGCAGCACUUGUUGCUGCUCUGAGGCUUAUAGCUGUAGAUUCCAAAACUUACCAUGUUUUUGCUGACUUGUGAUGAUACCAUGCCGACAAUUUGUCACUAUCAUGGCAUCUGAAGUUCCUGGCCAAACGAUUCAAGAUUGAGCAAUUGCAGGUGCUGAGUAAGAGUAUUUUAACUCUCCCAAUGUUUAGAUUUCAUUCAUGUAGAAUGUUAAUGGG